AUGCCUGUCGACAAAGAUUCAGUCGCGUAUUAUAAUGGUAAGGUCCAUACCCUCAACAACCUGGGACAGGUUGCCGAGGCUUUCAUUGUCACCUUAAUUACCUACAAUCUCAAUGGACGCUUCGUCAUGCCCGGUAUUCAUGAUGCCCACGUGCAUCUACUCUCAGCCGGUAUAUCUUAUCUGAGCGGCGUGAGCUUGGCAGGAGAUACUACAGUAGAAAAUAUUGGACAGCGAUUACAAGAAGGCCAAUGUACGUGCGCCUAUCAGCACGCCUUUCAAGACUGGGUGGUUGGCAAUACCUUUGCAAUUCCCAAUUUCGACCGGUCGUCACUUGAUCAUGAUUUUCCAGAUACUCCUGUUGUUAUACUGGGCGGCGCAGGCCAUAGUGCAUUCCUCAAUACCACUGGUUUACAGAAAGCUGGAUAUGAUGUCGAUAAUGAGCCGGAUUUCAAAGGCGCCAAAUUCGGUCGGCGUGCAGACGGCAGUCUAACAGGGGAGCUGGCAGAGUUAGCGAUGAACAAAGUCAUGCUCUCAAAGGGAAAUCCAAACAUCACGCAUGCGAAGCGCGCAAUCAAGGCUGCGAUACGUCGUUUGCACCAGGUUGGUGUUACUUCCUGUCAGGAGGCCGCGACCAAUACUAUUAUUCUUAAUGCGCUUCGUGAAAUGGACGAAGAAAAUGCAUUGCAUAUGGAUAUUGCCGCGCACUCGAUUUUACUUGAUGGUGUACCGCUACCGCCUAUGUUUUCAAGCGCUGGCUUAGACGACGAAGGGAAUAUUGAGAAGGAUAAAAUCCUCGUAGAUGACGUUAUCGAAGCUGUAAAGAGGUUUGAUGAACGAGGUCUCACCGUGAAAAUACAUGCCACUGGCCGAGGCAGCACCCGACUUGCGCUAGAUGCCAUUGAAGCGGCAAGACAAGGCAAUGAAAACAGUCGCACGGGUUCGAUAGUCAAACAUGAGAUUGCCCACUGCAAUGGCAUUCAUCCGGACGACUUUGAACGGUUUCAAAAACAAAACAUCACGGCAGAGCUGUCACCUGCAAUGUUUUUCGAUCACCCACUUACACAAGCGAGCAAUGGGGCUAUGAAUUGGGAUUUCGCCCAAUUACUCAAAGCACGUGCUUAUCCUAUUACGAUUGGGUCAGACUGGGGUUCACGGGGUGAUCCCUCUCUGUUGAACAAGGUCCACCACGUUGUUAGGAGGGUAGGUGAUUGGGCAGUGAAUAAUAGCGCUAUAGCUGUCCAGGAAAAUAGCAAUACCCCAGUUUCACUAGGUGCGAGGCUCGUCCUUGAAAUCUUGACUAACAAUGGGGCAACGGCUGUGGGUUUGAGCGAUAAAAAUGGCAGCAUUGAAGUCGGAAAGAGAGCAAAUUUCAUCAUGCUUGAUAGAGAUGUUGUUAGUGACAAUGAGGAGGUUGUUGCGGACUUUGAAAACGUCAAAGUCUUGAAAACAUGGUUUGAAGGGGAGUUGGUUUGGGAUGCGGAAGCUGAAUAG